AUGGCAGCUAAUAAGCCUAAGGGGCAGAAUUCCUUGGCACUACAUAAAGUCAUCAUGGUGGGAAGUGGUGGUGUAGGAAAAUCAGCGUUAACUCUCCAGUUUAUGUAUGAUGAGUUUGUAGAAGAUUACGAACCAACGAAAGCGGACAGUUACCGCAAGAAAGUUGUGUUGGAUGGAGUUGAGGUCCAGAUUGACAUCCUGGACACUGCUGGUCAGGAGGAUUAUGCCGCUAUCAGAGACAAUUACUUCCGCAGUGGAGAGGGCUUCCUCUGCGUCUUCUCCAUCACAGAACAGGAAUCCUUUGCUGCUACUGCAGAUUUCAGGUGGGUUUUUCUGUUUUUUGUCCAGAAAAGUAAUAAGAAAAAGAAAUUUAAUAAAGAGAGUUGCAUUUUCUUUGAAUUUAUAGUCAGUUCAGUUAUAAUUGUUUUGUUAAGAUCAACAUUGAUGACACACUUGAGUUUUUUACAGGAACUCAAACCCUUCAAACUCUCUAAACAAAGGGCCAGUUUACUGUCCUUCAGACUUUAUGGGAACUAG